AUGGUAAUGAGAAGAAAUGUCCCCUCAGUAACUUGUUUGUUUUCUAGUGGGAGUGAUGCUGCAUCCAUCCAGACAAGGGCAACCCUGAGUGAAGAUGGGAAACACUUCCUGUUAAAUGGCUCCAAGGUCUGGAUCUCCAAUGGUGGCCUGGCCAGUAUUUUCACAGUGUUUGCCAGGACAGAGAUUGUGGACAAGGACGGGCAGGUGAAGGAUAAAAUCACUGCUUUCAUCGUGGAGCGGGACUUCGGGGGUGUCACCCAUGGGAAACCCGAGGAUAAACUGGGCAUUCGAGGCUCCAACACCUGUGAAGUACAUUUUGAAAACACCAAAGUGCCUAUAGAGAAUGUAAUUGGAGAAGUUGGAGGGGGAUUUAAGGUUGCCAUGAAUAUCCUCAACAGUGGAAGAUUUAGCAUGGGCACUGCAUCUGCUGGAAUGAUUAAGAAGUUGAUAGAACUGACAUCAGAGUAUGCUUGCACCAGGAAACAAUUCAAUAAGAAACUCAGCCAGUUUGGAUUAAUUCAGGAGAAGUUUUGUUUGAUGGCUGUGAAAGCCUACGUGAUGGAGAGCAUGGCUUACCUGACUGCAGGGAUGAUGGACAGGCCAGGCUUCCCUGACUGCUCCGUCGAGGCUGCCAUGGUCAAGGUGUUCAGCUCUGAAGGUGCCUGGGCAUGUGUGAGUGAGGCUCUGCAGAUCCUUGGAGGCCUUGGCUACAUGAAGGAUUAUCCUUAUGAACGCUACCUCAGAGACACCAGGAACCUGCUCAUCUUUGAGGGCACCAAUGAAAUCCUGAGAAUGUACAUUGCACUGACAGGGAUGCAGCAUGCAGGGAAGAUCUUAACUGACAAAAUUAAAGCAAUCAAGAAAGGAAACGUGGGAGUGGCGCUGGGGGAGUUCCUGACCAGGUUACAGGACACCCUGGGCAGGAAGGUGGAUCUGGGGCUUGUAGGUGACAGUGGGGUGGUGCAUCCCAGCCUCCAGGAGAAUGCCAAGAAACUUGAAGAAAACGUUUAUUAUUUUGGAACUACAGUCAGGGGCCUGCUAAGUAGGUUUGGCAAGACAAUAGUGGAUGAGCAGCUGGUGCUGAAGAGAGUGGCAGAUGUGGUGAUUAAUUUGUAUGCAAUGACUGCAGCCAUCUCCCGGGCCAGCCGCUCCAUCAGCAUCGGGCUCAGGAACCAUGACCACGAGGUGCUUCUUACAAAUAUCUUCUGCACAGAAGCCUAUUUCAAGAAUAAUUAUGCCAUGGCUCAAUUAGAAAAAUAUGCUGAUGAAAACCUGGAUGAUUCCAUUAAAAAAGCUGCAAAGCAGAUCCUGGAGAAGAGGGCAUACAUCUGCUCUCACCCUCUGGACAGGACCUUCUGAUUCCUUCCUGAGAGCAGGCACACAUGAAUGUCAGUCA